AUGGGUGCAUCUGAUUACAUCCAAAGGCAGUUGCAAACACCCAAAUUAGUAUUUAUCAUCCUUUUCCAUGGAAUUCAUGUCGCCCUCUUCACAUAUGGCUGGAGAAAGCAACAGAAUGAGGUUAGGCUAGCGGGUCUCAACAAACUCUUGUACUCCGUCUGGAUAUCGCGAGGCGCUGGAAUGGUCUUAUCGGUCGAUGGUUCAAUGAUUCUUCUUCCCAUGUGUCGGAAUAUCUUGAGAUUUAUUCGUCCAAAGCUCAGAUUUUUACCGCUUGACGAAUCUCAAUGGUUUCAUCGACAGGUAGCCUACUCAAUUUUGUUUUGGACAACAUUUCACGUCACCGCUCACUAUGUCAAUUUUUUUAAUGUGGAAAAGACACAAAUUCGAAAAGUUACCGCUCUUCAAAUUCAUUAUACUCAAGUGGGUGGAAUCACAGGGCACAUAAUGAUGCUUUGUAUGCUUCUUAUGUAUACCACCGCACAUGCCAAGAUUCGCCAACAAUCAUUCGAAACUUUUUGGUAUACCCAUCAUCUCUUCAUUCCAUUCAUGCUCGGUCUUUACACUCAUGCGACGGGGUGUUUUGUACGAGAUACAGCAACACCAUUCUCACCAUUCGACCAUGACGGAUUCUGGGGCCAUUGUCUCGGAUACGAAGGCUGGCGCUGGGAGCUAUGGGGAGGUGGAUUUUAUUUGAUAGAGCGUUUGUAUCGGGAAAUUCGUGCUCGAAGAGAUACAAGUAUAGUUCGAAUUGUUCGACAUCCUUAUGACGCCUUGGAGAUUCAGUUUAGCAAGCCAUCAAUGAAAUACAGGGCAGGUCAAUGGCUCUUCCUAAAUGCACCAUCUGUAUCUCGAUACCAAUGGCACCCUUUCACCAUUACAUCAUGUCCUUCAGACCCUUACAUAUCAGUUCAUGUUCGACAAGUCGGAGACUUCACCCGUAGUCUUGCGGAUGCUUUCGGCGCUGGUCCUGCUCAAAUAAAACUUUACGAAAAUCUUGAAUCUGAUGGUAUGUGCGAAGUUGCAUUAGAAAACGGAAAAGUUAUGCCGGAACUACGCAUUGAUGGGCCUUAUGGUGCGCCGGCUGAAGACGUUUUCGAGAAUGAAGUAGCUGUCUUAAUUGGGACCGGGAUUGGUGUGACCCCUUGGGCCUCAAUUCUAAAAAAUAUCUGGCACAUGCGCAAGUCACCUAAUCCCCCUCCCCGUCUACGUCGUGUGGAAUUCGUCUGGAUUUGUAAGGAUACCAAUUCUUUUGCCUGGUUUCAAACAUUACUAGCAUCGCUUGAACAGCAAUCCAAUGCCGAGGCGUCGUUACCAGGCAAAGACUAUGGCAAUGGCUCAUUUUUGCGGAUCCACACAUACCUUACCCAAAAAAUGGAUCAUGACAUGAGACACAACAUUAUUCUCAAUACAGUUGGCAUGACUGUGGAUCCCUUAACAGACUUGCAGUCAAGGAUGAAUUUUGGUCGCCCUGAUUUCCUGAAACUCUUUGAAGGUAUCAGAAGAGGACUUACUGAAGGAACCUACUUGACUGGAUUGAGGCAUAAUUCCAAAACGAAUAUUGGUGUUUACUACUGUGGUAGCAAUAUUUUGGCGAAACAGAUUAAAGGAGCUUGCAAGAAGUCGACGACAGCAAAUGUAAAUUUCUCCUUUUGGAAGGAGCACUUUUAG